UAAAUCUCUUGAAUAGUCGCUGGCUUCUUCUUCCAAAACCCCAACUCUUACGGUGCUAGCGGCGACUGCUUAUUUUUCCUCCAACUUUCUCUCUCUCUCUCUCUCUAUCUCUCUCUCAUCAUCUACAUCGUUGAUUUCAUCAUGUCAACCGCUACUUCUUCACCAGACACUACUCAAGCUGCAGAUUUACUAACGAAUUUGUCCUUGGGUUCUGAGACCAGGACCAUCGCAGCUCCUGUGCCUACAAAGAAGAGUGGACAUGGUCCAUCUAAUGAAGUGUCGAAGCCAUUCAAUCCAAAUGCAAGUUUUGUUCCAAAUGGACACCCUUCUAACCCUUCUACUGGAUACUAUUAUGGAGGCUAUGAUGGGCAAGGUGAUUGGAAUGUUUAUCCCAGUUAUGUGAAUGUUAAUGGAGGGAUGACACAACAGGGAGUUUUUGGAGAUGGUAGUUCUUACGUGUACCCUCAAGGUUAUAGUUAUGCACCAUAUGGAUCCUAUCCAUCACCCAGCUCUUCUCCAUCCAUUCCACAUGAUGAUAAGCUCUAUGGGCUGCAACAGUACCAGUAUCCUUCUCCUUAUUAUCAAUCUCCAGCUUCUUCUGCUAAUGGGACAUUUGGUGCUAACAAAAUCAAUGUUCAUGAAGGGAAAACAUCAACUGCUGUUACUGCUGGACAUGUCCCUCCAUCAGUUCUGAAUAAAGGAAGCACCACUACUGUGACCAAUGGAAACUUUACAAGUAACAAUGGUUCCCAGCAUUCUUCAUUAAAUUCAAAUGAUUCUUAUCAAAGGGCUGGCUUUCCUUCGUAUGUUCCUUUGUCCGGAUAUCAAGAUCCAAGAAUCGGCACUCAUGGGACUCAACCAUCAUACCCUUCGGAUCCCUUAUUAUUUUCUGAUAGGCAGUCUAAACAUGGAGGAAAAUAUGGAUUAUCUUCACCUAUGCCUCGCAAAGAGUUUUCCUCUCAAAGGAAUACAACUUUUCCCCAGCCACCUCCACAAUUCACGAACUUGCAUGGUUCCAUGCAUUCAUCUGGAAUGGGACUGGUUUCUGGAUAUGGUAACGGGAUGUAUCCAAGCAACACGAUGUACAACCAAUAUGGAAACACCUACAGAGCUAGUUCAAAUUUUGGAUCUACUGCGUAUGGAUCCAGAACAAGUUCUUUUGAUAACAGGCAUAAAGGCACAAGUUAUGGUCGUGGUUUUGACCAUGUCAAAAGAAACAUCGAUGGCUUUGGUGAGCUGAACAAGGGACCGAGAGCUUCCAAUAGUUCUGAUGAUAAAAAUGCCAAAAGCCUGGGACCUGUCACAUUAUUACUCAAGGGACAGGACCUUCCUAUCAAGAGUGAUAAUAAUAAUAAAGAAGUGCCUCAAGUUCCCAACAAGCAACAAUACAAUGGGGAAGAUUUAUCUGAGAAUUAUUCUGAUGCAAAGUUUUUUGUCAUAAAAUCUUAUAGCGAGGAUGAUAUUCAUAAAAGUAUGAAAUAUAGCGUGUGGACAAGCACCCCUAAUGGCAACAAGAAGCUAGAUGCUGCAUAUCAGGAAGCCAAAGAAAAGCCUGGUGACUGUCCCAUAUUUUUGCUAUUUUCGGUCAAUACUAGUGGCCAAUUUGUUGGUUUAGCAGAAAUGGUGAGUCCAGUUGAUUUCGACAGAACCUUAGAGUAUUGGCAGCAGGACAGGUGGACUGGUUGCUUUUCUGUGAAGUGGCAUAUCAUAAAGGAUAUCCCAAAUAAUGUGUUGAGACACAUAACACUUGAAAACAAUGAAAACAAGCCUGUUACAAACAGUAGGGACACUCAGGAGGUCAAGUUUGAGAAGGGUAUUCACAUUCUCAAAAUUUUCAAAGAGCAUUCAAGCAAAACAUGCAUCCUGGAUGAUUUUGGAUUUUACGAGGCUCGUGAAAAGACGAUGCAGGAUAAAAAGAAAAAGGAACAACCGUUCCCAAAACAGGUCACCAAGUCCAAUGAUUUAGCCACUACUGGAACAGCUUUAUUGCCCAAGUCUAAUGAUGGAACCUUGACGAAUGAACCAGCAGUUAUUGCAGAUGCAGCAGGAAGAAACGAGAAGCUUGUAGAAGUGAAUGAAUCUACUCCACUCACUCAACCAUCAGCAGACUCUUCAAAUGGCUGCUAAACCAGCGACAAUGUCAGGCAGUAGAUUGUGAUUUUCAAAUCCCCCCUACCUUUAUCGUUGUUUCGUGGCUUCUUUUAGUUAUGGAGAAAGUUUUGGUGUUUUCAUUAUGCUUUACCUAGCUUAUUUGACCUUAAUCUUGUAGUGGAGUAUAUCAGUUUAGCUUUUUCUUAGCUAGUCAAAUAUAUGGCAGUAUUGAUAUUUGUGUGUGUGAGUGGCAAGAAUCUAUAUUACAUACAUAUUUUACUAUGAUGUUAGUAUUGGUAUUUUUCAUUCUGUUUGAUUUUGGAUAGAAAGCCAUUGUCAGGGCUAUCAAAUCUCUCUUUGAAUGUGGUCAUACUUCAUACCUUUUAAAAACAAUAUUAGUUUUUGUUGGAUCUGGUGGUUUAUGUUAUACAUUUUUCCA